AUGUACAAUAAGAAUAGAUCUCAUUAUGAUGAUGAUGAUGACUUGGACCUAGAUGAUGAUGAUGAUGAACUACAAGAACAUGACGAGACUAUAGUUGUUCGAUCAUCAACUUCAAAGACAAACAACAACAAACGAACACGUAGAGGAAAGAGAAAGAGAAGACAUGGAAAGACAGUGACGCCAAUGCCAAUCGAUAUUGUAAAGGAUGGUCCACCACCUGUCUCACAUGAUGCUCAUCCCCUGACCCUGCCACUGGCCCUGCCAAUGGCACCACCACCUGUCAACAAUGAGAUCAGCUUCCAUCGAACACAUAUGCUCUACUCGCGAGCACCUGUUGCACAGUACUCAAUUCCAAAGUAUGGAUCAUACACUGUUGAUCAUGACGUUGAUCUAUUGUUGUGGAAUGUAUUCUGCAAACCGAUCACUUGUUCAUUCAAUGUCAACUCAAUGGAUCAUCCCAAUAAUGAUACAUAUACAGCUUUGACAUCAAUGAGUGACAGGGUGAUGGCCACCAGGAAGAUGUUUGUUGGCGUGUUCAAGAAGCUCAAAUGGUUCCCUUACGAUGCCAUACUUCUCAAGUUUGUAGCCGAGUCACAGGGCAAGCAACAUAACAACUUCCUCACAAACAUAGAGGUUAACGCCUCACAGCUCAACAUAGAGACAUUGAUUGGUACCAACAUCGAAGUACACUAUGUCUAUCGCUUCGUCCUGACCGUCAUCAACAAUUUAUUCCCUUCAAUCAAACUCUGGGGAUCACAUUCAAACAAGAGCAUCUUUGCCAACUGUUUACUCGAAUAUUUGAUCACAAAGAAGUACAAGAUAUACCUCGAUCACUUUGUGUCCAUGUUCAAUUGUGAUCAGUUCAUCAUUGGCAAACUCAAGUAUCUCAGACAGUUCUUAUGGUGGAUGUUUGAAGACUUGGUACCAAGUAUCAUAUCCAAUCACUUUUAUUGUACCAAUACUGCCAGUUCCAAACACUACAUCUAUUACAUCAAAUCUGAUUGGAUACGUAUGGCCAGAGUCCAACUACUAGCACUCAAGCGUUCCAACUAUCGAUCAAUUACAUUCAGGGAUCAUAAUAUAUUUGGAAACAGACGAUCUGGAUUAUCAUUCCUGCGAUUCCUUCCCAAGGAGAAGUCACUUCGUCCGAUCGUGAACAUUGGAUAUCCAAAUACCAAGUUGUCAUUGAUAUCGGAUGAAGGAUCAUCGAUUAUUGAGUACAACUUCCAAGAGUCUGGUAACUCUUUGGCGUCAAGGGGCGUCCUUCCAGUACUACGUUAUGAGAUUGUUAGGAACCCAUCUUUGAUUGGAUGCACAGUUGGCAGUAGACUACACAUAUACGAGCUGUUCAAAAAUGUCAAGCCCAUCCUACGUACACUCAAAUCAAUCUACAUGAUCACAUUGGACAUUAACAAGUGUUUCGAUUCAUUGAACCAGGAGAAGUUAAUGUCAAUCAUCUGUGACAAAGUAAUCACUCAUAAGGAUUACUUGGUCACCAAUAUGAAGACCAAGUCCAAGCUUGGCCACUUUGAGACACAUACUGUGGCCACAUCAGCAGAUGACUUGGGCCACUUCAUUGAAGAGAAGACUCGCUUGGAGAAUAGGCAAUCAUUCAAAGAGUUCCUAUCUCAAACUGUACCAAACUCAGUGGACAGAACACAUGUAUUGGAGGUACUGCAGGAGUUGAUAUUCGAACAUGCUGUAAAGUACAAUGAUGACACAUUCAUACAGAAGAAGGGUAUACCUCAGGGAUCAGUCUGCUCCACAACAUUAUGUUGUCUAUACCUUGGCGAUUUGGACAAUAGACUAUUGAAGCCAAGUCUACUCAAGAAUGAUCCAGGUGCCUAUAACAUGAUCGCCAGGUUUGUCGAUGACUACUUCUACAUCACAGACUCCAAGAAGAAUGCUGAUCGAUUCAUGGACAUAUUCUCCAAUGACACAGACCUCGAGUAUGGUGUCAAGUGCAACAUUCAAAAGACACUCAACUUCCCAGAUAACACACAAUCACUUAUCAUGUUUGAUGAUGGUACGUAA